AUGAUGCUUACUUGGCUUGUCUACUCCGGAGGGGCCGCCGUAGCCCUCUAUACAGGGUGGAGUAUCCUCUCCGGAAUCUGGGUUCGAGCCCGGUCGCCACUACGUAACCUCAGAGGCCCACCGAGUGCAAGCUGGAUCUACGGAAACUUCGCUCAGAUUCUCAGCGGCGACUCCGGGCUCGUACAGGAUGAAUGGAUCAAACAGUACGGUCCUACUUUCAAGGUUAACGGGUUGUUCAACAGCAAUCGUUUGUACACCAUCGACCCCAGGGCGCUGUCCCACAUCCUGAGCCACUCCGUCGAGUUCCAGAAGCCAGCGUUAGGGCGAUACAACCUCGGUCGUAUCGUCGGCGAGGGUUUGCUCAUCGCUGAGGGUGAUGCGCACCGCCGUCAACGCCGUGUCAUGAACCCCGGCUUCGGACCCGCCCAGGUUCGCGAGCUCACAGGCAUAUUCAUUGACAAGGCCGCACAGCUACGGGAUGCAUGGCUUUCCGAGGCGAGGAAGAAAGGCAACGAUGAAUCUAUCAAGGUCGAUGCUCUGUCAUGGUUGAGUCGGGCGACUUUGGACAUCAUCGGUCUUGCCGGAUUCAACUACCGCUUCGAUUCCCUCGAGGGUAGUAAGCCAAACGAGCUGAAUCAGGCCAUGGCGACGAUGUUCGAUGCUACUGGGACAUGGCGUUUCUUCGGGCUUCUCCAAUCUCGCAUCCCGAUCCUCCGUUGCGUGCGCACAAACAGGGACAAAAAGAUAGAGUAUGCGCAGAACACCAUGAAGCGUAUUGGCUAUGGCCUUAUUUCUGAGCGAAAGGCGGCUGUGCAAAGCGAAAAGCAUGGUGCUCAUGUCGAGAGAGGCGAUGUGCAAGGCCGUGACUUGCUUAGUCUGUUAGUCAAGGCUAACAUGGCUAUUGACAUACCUGAGGACCAGCGCCUUACUGAUCACGAGGUCCUGUCUCAAAUCCCUACGUUCAUGGUCGCUGGUCACGAAACGACGUCGACAGGGACGACAUGGGCGAUCUUUGCUCUUUCACAGGCAAAGGAGGUUCAGCGGAAGCUGCGUGAGGAGCUGCUGGCCCUGCCAACGGACAAUCCAAAUAUGGACGAACUGAAUGCUAUGCCCUAUCUGGACGCUGUGGUCAGAGAGACCCUGCGUGUACACGCGCCGGUGGGUGGAACAAUGAGGGUCGCCAUGGAGGAUAGUGUGAUCCCUGUGAGCGAGCCCUUUUCGGAUAAGAAUGGAAACUUGCACCACGAGAUUCGUGUCAACAAGGGUGAAUGGAUUCAAAUACCCAUCGUCGGCCUCAAUCGCGCGAGUCGUAUCUGGGGCAAUGACGCGCACGAGUUCAAGCCCGAGCGAUGGUUGAGCACUGGUGCUUUUCCCGAGGCUGCGUCGCACAACCCUGGUGUAUGGGGCAACAUGCUUACCUUCCUCGAUGGUCCACGAGCCUGUAUAGGUUACCGCUUCUCCCUCGUCGAGAUGAAGGCCCUGCUGUUCGUCCUUGUCCGCGACUUCGAGUUUGAUCUUGCCGUACCGGCGAGCGAAAUAUUCAAGAAAGCGAGCGUGGUAACAAGACCGACGGUCAAGAGCGAGCCUGAGAAAGGCAAUCAACUACCGAUUAUUAUCAAGCCUUUCGUUCUCAAUGCUUAG